AUGGAUAUCCUACAGCGCCUUGCGCGAUUCCUCGACCGUCCGCUCUUCCCGUGGAAGAAGCUCAUCAUUGGCUUUUCGGUCGCGCAAUAUGUCUUUGAGGGCUUUCUGUCCCUCCGACAGUACCAGGUGCUGAAAAAGGCCAAGCCGCCCAAGGUUCUUGAACAAGAGGUCUCUCAGGAAGUCUUCGACAAGAGCCAGGCUUAUGGCCGAGCGAAGGCCAAGUUCGAGUUCGUCAACGGUCUGUACGGUCAAAUCCAGAACAUCGCGUUCAUUCACUUCGACGUCCUCCCAAAGCUAUGGUCAUGGACAGGCGACCUGCUUCUUCGCUGGGCGCCUGCUCGUUUCACCGGCGAAAUCUCGCAAUCGAUCGUCUUCGUGCUAUCCUUCAUCAUCAUCCACCAGAUUCUGUCCCUUCCGGCCUCUAUCUACCAUACAUUUGUCCUCGAAGAGAAGUUUGGUUUCAAUAAGCAGACACCCAAAGUUUUCGUGACGGAUAUGAUCAAGUCGAACAUGCUAGCUUUCGUUCUCGCUCCGCCUAUCCUGUCUGGUUUCCUUGCCAUCGUGAAAAAGACCGGUAACCAGUUCUUCUACUACCUGUGGCUCUUCGGUGCUGGCCUUCAAGUCUUCAUGAUCACUGUCUAUCCGAUUGCUAUCCUGCCUCUGUUCAACAAGCUCUCUCCCCUGGAACCUGGCAAGCUCAAGACCGGCGUUGAGGACUUGGCUAAGAAGCUGAACUUCCCGCUCCACGAGUUGUACGUCAUUGACGGUAGUAAGCGGAGUGCGCACAGCAACGCCUAUUUCUUCGGAAUGCCCUGGAAGAAGCACAUCGUCAUCUAUGAUACUUUGAUUGAAAAGAGCGAGACACAGGAGGUCGUCGCUGUCCUCGCUCACGAGUUAGGCCAUUGGAGCCUGGGUCAUACCACAAGACUGUUCGGAAUCUCUCAGGCUCACUUCUUCUAUAUCUUCCUCCUUUUUUCCGUAUUCAUCAACAACAACUCUCUGUACUCGGACUUCGGCUUUGUCAAGGAGCACCCCAUUAUCAUUGGCUUCAUCCUCUUUUCUGAUGCUCUUGCGCCAAUGGACAUGGUCAUCAAGCUAUUGAUGAACAUCCUGAGCCGUAAAUACGAAUUCCAGGCUGACGGGUUUGCGCGCAACCUGGGCUAUUCGACCGACCUGGCACGCUCACUGAUCAAACUCCAAAUCCAGAACCUGAGCACCAUGGAUGCUGAUUCGCUGUACGCGAGCUACCACUUCUCCCACCCUAUCUUGUCGGAGAGACUUAAAGCACUGGAGUGGCAGCCAACGGAGAAGAUCGUUGGAAAGACUGAUGUUAAGGGGGAGGAGUCAGAGGAUGGAGUUGCGAAAGUCACCGGCAGAGAUGAGCUAUAG